AUGAUUUCAGUACAUGCCGCCGCCGAUAAGUUGGAACUCGCCGUGAAGACCAGCGUGGCAGUCCACUGGCUGGUGGCCGCACCUGGCGGAAGUGGCGUCGGGGCUGGUGGCCGUGAAUGUCGAAGGUGCUGUUUCAGUGCUCGACGGUACUGUUUCAGCGGCGGAUAUGGUGACAAUGGCAACGGGAGAUGCCGGGAAGACGGCGACGACGAGAUGAUACUUCGGCGGGGGCGAGGCCUGGUGUGUGCGGUGGUCCGUCUAGGGUCCAACGGAGGACGUUUAGUGGUGACUCCGGUGGCAACUCCGGCGGUGAAUGCAACGGCGAACUGGUGGUCCAAUGUGUGCGUGAAUCGGGAUGAAAGCGGGAACAGGAAAAUCCCGUACCGACUGAUGCCGUAUCCCGAAUAUACCGAUCGUAUUCCGUUUUGGCAGGAAAAAAUAGGAAACGGGAACAGGAAAAAAAAAAUGGGAACAGGAAUGGGAAUGAAUUCGGGAAGGGGUGUUUCCCGACCGUAUUCGCGGAUCCCGUAUUUGGGCGGGAAAAUCCCCGCGCGAGACGAGAUGGAGCAGCAGCCGCCAACUGCAGGUGGAUAUGGACCUGGACGUGCUUCCGCUUCUGUUGCUGCCUCGUCUGCAUCCAAGCGCCGACUCCAACUGAAGCCGCCACAGCCGGUCAUGGUGCGCAGCGUCGCCAUUCUUCCUCCAAACCCAACAACAGGAUCUAAGAGGUCAAGUUCAACAAAUGGAAGCUCUGGUCAAAGUCAAGGUCUUGGUUUGUGUUUGUCUAGUGCAACUCCUUCAUCUAGCCCAGCAACAGCAACCGCAACCGAUGCAUCUUCUUUGCCAAGUGGAGGUGUGAGUGGAGUUGCUGCUGUAGGUUCUGGACCUUCUGGUUCUAGUGGCCACAAUGUUGAUGCUGCUGGUGCUAACCAUCCUGGUGGACAAAAAGGAGCAAAUAUUGCAAAUGCCAUCGUUGUUGAAGGUGAUGAGGCGCCAAGUGGAGAUAAAGUUGAACCAGAUGGAAAGAGACAAAAGAGGUGCACAUCUGGUGUGUGGAAGUACUUUACCAAAAAGAAGCUUGUCAUUGAGGAUAAUGGGAAGGUUUAUAUUCGGAAGUGGGCUUAUUGCAAUUAUCCAAAGUGCAAGCACAAGGCCAGAUGUGAGGGAAAUUAUGGGACAACAGGUUUCUGGACACAUCUGAGGGUAGCACACAGUGUACAGAAGGGCCAGCAGCAAUUAAAGGUGGAAAAAGACGGUGCACAAGAAAUCAAAGCUGUUGUAACAUACAGGUAUGAUGAAGAGGCCAGCUUGAGAAAGUUUUACUUGGUAAUAGUCAUGCAUGAGUAUCCAUUCAAUAUAUCUGAGCACGAGUAUUUUGUUGAUUUCAUCAAAUCACUACGCCCUAGCUUUCCAAUCAAAUCUAGAGUUACCAUUAGGAAAGAAAUUAUGAACAUGUUCUUAGAGGAAAACGAGAAGUUGUAUGCUUAUUUCAAAUCUGUCCCUUGUCGGCUUAGUGCCACCAUGGACAUGUGGACUUCAAAUCAGAACAAAUCAUACAUGUGUGUCACUGUUCAUUGGAUAGAUGAAAAUUGGUUUAUUCAAAAAAGGAUUGUGAACUUUGUGCAUGUAGAGGGCCGUCAUACUGGUGCCAAGUUGUCAGAGACAUUUACUGAACUCAUGAUUAAGUGGAAUAUUGACAAGAAAUUGUUUGCCCUGACCUUGGACAAUGCAUCAGCAAAUGAAGUUGUAGUCAAAGACAUCAUAUCUGAUCUGAGGGCUAAUUCUAGUGCUUCAGCUUUGGUAUGUGAUGGCCUAUUCUUUCAUGUGAGGUGUGCUUGUCACAUACUAAACCUAGUUGCUAGGGAUGGUUUGACUGUAAUCACACCCACAAUUGAGAAUAUUAGAAAACUUGUUCUUGCUGUUAAAGGAUCUCCCUUGCAAUGGGAAGAACUCAUGAAGCGUGCAACUGAGUGUGGACUGGAUACAAACAAGGGCCUGUCACUUGAUGUAUCAACAAGAUGGAAUUCAACAUAUUUGAUGCUCCGAGAUGCCUUGUACUAUAAGAAUGCAUUCAUGAGGUUGAAAUCAUCAGAUCACCGUAGGUAUGAAAACAUUACUCCAUCUCCUAGUGAAUGGGAUAUGGCAUUCAAACUUUUCCAAUGCUUGAAGAAAUUCUUUGAUCUCACUGAACUCUUUUCUGGUACUCUAUACCCCACUGCAAAUCUGUUCUAUAGAGGGUUUUGUGAGAUAAAGAUUUUGCUAGAUGAAUGGUCCGUUAGUCAAGAUAACACUAUUUGUACAACGGCUACUUCUAUGAGUAGGAAGUUUGAAAAAUAUUGGAAGAAGUCAUCCACCACACUUGCUGUUGCUUGUUUCCUAGAUCCUAGGUAUAAGAAAAGGCUUAUAGAGUUCUACAUGAGAAAAUUCCAUGGAAAUGCAUCUCAUGUUCAUGUUGAUGAACUUGUUGAUGUCAUCAAGAAACUGUACCAGUUCUAUGUUCAUGACGCACCCAUGUCUUCGAGGCAUAAAGGCAAAUCAAAUGCACCUAGUGAUAUGGAGAUUGAUACAGCGGACCUUUUAGUGGAUAAUGGAGAUAACGAACUAGAGAGCUACCUGUAUGAGUCUAGUGGGCCGAAUGGUGCUGAAAUGAAUGAGUUGGAUAAGUAUAUGGCAGAUCCACCUCUCCGGCUUAGUGGUCAGUUUGAUGUCUUGGCAUGGUGGAAGAACCAGACUGAUGAGUAUCCUGUUCUUUCAAGAAUAGCUCAUGAUUUGCUGGCUGUACAAGUCUCUACCGUCGCUUCUGAAUUAGCUUUUAGGGCUGGUGGACGUGUAGUUGAUCCUUUCCGUAGCCGCCUUGAACCUGAAAUUGUUGAAGCUUUGAUAUGCUUGAAAGAUUGGAUUGCUGCAGGAAGAAGAGUUAUUGAGGCCCUUGUAGAAAAGUUGACUAUUGAGGACGAUGAUGUUGCGGACAGUGAUGGAGAAAUGGAUGCGCAUGGGUCAUGGUCAGCUGCAAAUGAGCAUGAUUUCUAUGGCAUUUAA